AGCAGGCAGCGCACCGCCCAGGCUGGAGCCGGCGCGCCGCAGACUUAGGCGCCUUGGCCAGGGAGCGUGAAGAGCCAUGGCCACCACCAAUGGGGCGGUGGAGAACGGGCAGCCAGACAGGAAACCGUCUGCCUUGCCGCGCCCCAUCCGCAACCUGGAGGUCAAGUUCAACAAGAUAUUUAUCAACAACGAAUGGCACGAAUCCAAGAGUGGAAAAAAGUUUGCCACGUAUAACCCUUCAACUGUAGAGAAAAUAUGUGAAGUGGAAGAAGGAGAUAAGCCUGACGUGGACAAGGCGGUGGAGGCUGCCCAAGCCGCCUUCCAGCGGGGAUCACCGUGGCGCCGGAUGGAUGCCCUGAGCCGGGGACGGCUGCUGCACCAGCUGGCAGACCUUGUGGAGAGGGACCGUACAAUUCUGGCCACCCUAGAAACAAUGGACACAGGGAAGCCAUUCCUUCAUGCCUUUUUCAUUGACCUGGAGGGAUGCAUAAAAACCCUCCGGUACUUUGCAGGGUGGGCAGACAAGAUACAAGGCAGGACCAUCCCCACAGAUGACAACGUUGUGUGCUUCACCAGGCAUGAACCCAUAGGUGUGUGCGGGGCCAUCACUCCUUGGAACUUCCCCCUGCUGAUGCUGGUGUGGAAGCUGGCACCUGCCCUCUGCUGUGGGAACACUGUAGUUGUGAAGCCGGCAGAGCAGACUCCCCUUACUGCCCUUUAUCUCGGCUCUCUGAUCAAAGAGGUUGGGUUCCCACCAGGUGUGGUGAAUAUCGUGACAGGAUUUGGGCCCACAGUGGGAGCUGCAAUUUCUUCUCACCCUCAGAUUGACAAGAUAGCCUUCACUGGGUCCACAGAGGUUGGAAAGUUAGUUAAAGAGGCUGCCUCCCGGAGCAAUCUGAAGAGGGUGACACUGGAGCUUGGGGGCAAAAACCCAUGUAUCGUGUGUGCGGAUGCUGACUUGGACUUGGCCGUGGAGUGUGCCCAUCAGGGCGUGUUCUUUAACCAGGGCCAGUGCUGCACAGCGGCAUCCAGAGUCUUCGUGGAGGAGCAGAUUUAUGCUGAGUUUGUCCGGCGCAGCGUGGAGUACACCAAGAAGAGGCCCGUUGGAGACCCCUUUGAUGCCAAGACUGAGCAAGGGCCCCAGAUUGAUCAAAAGCAGUUUGAUAAAAUCCUAGAUCUGAUCGAGAGUGGGAAGAAGGAAGGUGCCAAGCUGGAAUGUGGGGGCUCAGCCAUGGAAGACAGGGGGCUCUUCAUCAAACCCACUGUCUUCUCAGAAGUGACUGACAACAUGCGGAUUGCCAAGGAGGAGAUUUUUGGACCAGUGCAGCCAAUACUGAAGUUCAAAAACAUUGAAGAAGUGAUAAAAAGAGCAAAUAGCACUGAAUAUGGACUCACAGCAGCUGUGUUCACAAAGAACCUGGACAAGGCCCUGAAGCUGGCUUCUGCAUUAGAAUCUGGGACUGUCUGGAUCAACUGCUACAAUGCCAUCUAUGCACAGGCUCCAUUUGGUGGCUUUAAAAUGUCAGGAAAUGGCAGAGAACUAGGUGAAUAUGCUCUGAGCGAAUAUACAGAAGUGAAAACCAUCACCAUCAAACUCGAUGACAAGAACCACUGA